AUGAACAAAAUCAACAUGAAAUCGCAAAACAAGAAUUUAUCAAUGACUGAACUCUUGACAGCUCUUACCCAUGCCCAAAUGGAAAGGGAGGCGACGCUGGACGAGUUCAAAAAGGUAUCUGAAAAAGAAAGAAAAAGAGCAGAAAGCGCCCAAAGGCAACUACAAUCCUUGGAAGACGAACUAAGGAAAACAAAGGAAAAUGCAGAAGAUUUGUGUAGGAAACAAAAAGAACUAGAAAUAUCUAUUGAAAAAGAAAGGGAAUCUCAUAGCAGUUUGUUAAAGAAAAAAGAGGAAGAGCAUAAUGAAAUAAUUAUUUCUAUGGAACAGAAAAUAACCUUACUACAGAAAAAAGUAAAGACGUUAGAAGAGUUUAAUGCUGAGAUGUCAGAUGAAUUAAUGGUCACAAAGAAUAAAAUGAAAGUGUGCUCAGAAGAUAAAGAAAACUUCAGUAAAGACUUACAAAACUUGAAAAGUGAAUUGCUAACAACAAAAGAUGAUUUCAAUCAAGCUGUGAAAAAUUGUGAAAUCGCAGAAUCUGAAUUACAUAUGACAAAAAUGCAACUUUUAAAAGAAAACAAUAUCAAUAACCGCCUUUUAGAUGAAUUAAAACGCACUAAAAAAGAUAUUGAUGGAUAUCGAGAAGAAAUUGACAGACUGAAAAAAUCUCGUAACUCUGAUAUAACAAUUUUAUCAAAACAGAUAAAAGACCUUACCACCUUUAUCAAAGAAAAUAAUAAAGUAAAUAAUGAAGAUAGUUUUAAUGAAAUCAGAACAAAUCUAUCAACAAUAUUGAAGGAGAACUUUGUAUUAAAUAACAAGAUAAAUGAUGUUUAUACUGUUUUAACAAGAGGUGAAAUACCUUUAAUAAGUGUCUCUACACAAACAAAUAUUGGUUUGAUGGAAAUGUUUAGUUUUGAAAAUAUGGACAAAGAAGUCUCAUUUCUUAUUAUGAAAUUAAGAGAAGAAUUAGUUGCAAGUAAAAGUGAUCUUAUAGAUAUUAAACAACAAAAUGAAGCAUUAAGGGGAUUGGUGAGAGAGCUUAAACAAGAAAAAUAUCAAAAAGAUUUAGUUGAUGAAGAAGAAAAUAGAGUUGAAAGGUUAGAAGAAGCAGUUGUUUACUUGAAACAAAUGUUGAAAGAUGAUGAAAAAGCUAACAAUGUAGAUAAACCUCUGAUCCAGACAUUAGAAGGUAUGAGGAAGGACAUAGAUACAUUAAAAGAUCAUGUCAUUCAAACUAACACAACAGAAGGAAAUGAUCCCUCUAAUUUUCAGUAUAAGCUAUUUUCAAAACCUGUUAAAUUAUUACCGCCUAAAAAAAUUAGGUUCUAA